AUGAUGAACCCGGGAGUUGAUACUACUAAACCAACAACUUUCAGUGCAAUUUUCAAGCAUGUCUCACCACCUACAACCGUAGAUAAUUGUCUUUAUUGUUAUCUGCUCCAUCCGAGGUUAAAAAACCUUGUUGUUACUCGUGGUGGAUUAAUCCAGAUAUAUAAUAUAAAGUCCAGUAAUACUGGCGAGGUGCGUUUCAAUUGGGUGUAUGAAACAUAUGUAUACGAAAACAUUGCUGACAUAGUUGCAGUCCGCUUCACUGGGGACUUACUGGAUUCCUUACUCCUAAGUUUCCCGGAAGCCAAGGUUGCUGUUAUGAAUUUCAAUCCUAUUAGCUUUGAGUUGAGGACCGUUUCUCUUCACAACUAUGAAUUUGAAAACCUCAAGUCUGGUCGGAUACAUUUUACUAAGCUUCCAAUUCUGAGACUUGAUCCGCUCCAGCGGUGUGCAAUUAUGCUGGUAUACGACCGUCACCUAGCUGUUUUGCCGUUUCGACGCACAGAAGUUGUAAUUCCAGCUGAGGCGGAUCCAAAGCAUAUUGGUGUCAGGAAUUCGCUUUUGUGGCAACAAAGAGCAACAGCACCGUUGUUAGCUACGUUUACAACAUGUCUAAGUACAUCUACUGGAGAAAAAAUAAAUAACGUGCUAGACAUGCAAUUCCUACAUGGAUUCUAUGAACCAACGUUAUUGGUUCUGUAUGAACCGAUUGGUACAUGGGCAGGGCGUGUUUCAGCUCGAAGGGACACAUGCUGCAUUGUUGCAUUAUCUUUUAAUCUUCAGAAACGGACGAACCCAGUUAUAUGGUUUCAAGAGUCUUUACCAUUCGAUUGCAAUUCUGUAAUUUCUGUUCCUCAGCCAAUUGGUGGUGUCGUCAUUAUGGCAACGAAUUCUAUUAUGUAUUUAAAACAAACUCUGCCAUCGUGUGGCUUACCGCUCAACUGUUACGCACAAAUAUCAACCAAUUUUCCUAUGCGCCAAGAAAUUCCGUCUUGUGGCCCAUUGAGUAUUGAUGGUUCCCGUGUGGUUACUUUAAAUGAAACACAGUUUUUAAUUGGUACACGAACUGGGAAUUUAUACUUACUAUCCCUUUGGUUAGAACAAGCUACUCAGACUGUUACAAGUCUUUUAUUUCAUGAAGUUGGUCAAGCUGUACCACCUCAUUGUAUGGUUCUAUUAGAAUCGGAUUAUCUGUUUAUUGGUUCACGUUUUUGUGAUUCUGUCUUAAUGAAAAUUGAUUAUUCAUUGUUAUGUGUUGAUGCUAAUGGGAAAACGGUGGAUAGUGAGUUAAUAAAUCGAGUGAAUGAUUUCAACAAUACAUCCUUAAGAAGUGAUAAUUCUUCUGUGGACAACAAUGUUGUUACUGUUGCUGUGGUCACUUCUACUGCUGAAGAAGAAAAAAGUGAUGAGGCACCACCACUUAAUAAACAUCCUCGUAUAGAAGAUCAAGCAGACGGAGAAAAAGGUGGUGCUGAUAAAGACCAAUCAGAUUCACAUAUUUCAGAGAAAAUUCCAUUCAAUGAUUAUACUGUUGCAUUAACUAAUCAUUAUAAAUUUGAUGAAGUUGAUGUAGAACUCUACGGUGAGAGUAUUCUCAAUCCACCAUCGAUUUAUCGAGAAAUUGUGAAUUAUAACUUCAAGGUAGUAGAUCGAUUGAUUAAUCUUGGACCAAUGGGUCAACUAACAUCUGGUGAAGUUCCAUGCUUAGCGCCUGGUAAUACUGAUCCUACAGAUGAAGCUCUUAUUCAUGCUCAAUCAGAGAUGCAUCAUGUUGAGUUGAUGGCAUGUAUACCGCGUUCAUUCAAUGUUUCAACGGAGAAAAAUCAUAUAUCCACUGGAGGUAUAGCACUUUUGCAUACAAGUGUACGACCAUGUGGUUUAACUGCUUUCGAAUUGCCUGAAUAUAUGAGUUUAUGGUCACUUUAUGGUCCACCUAUAAUAACUCCUGUCCAAAAUCUUCCAACUGAAACAAACAACAAUACUGUGGAUAUGAAUUCAUCGGACAGUAAGCAGGCAACAUCAAGUACUCAUCCAGAAGAAGACAAAAUUGACAAAAUAAUAACAGAACAGCAGGUUGCAGUUAGUGAGAAUACUGACAAUACUACAAACAUUUCUGAAUCCAAUAAUGCAAAGAAGGAGGAGGCCUCAAAUGAAAUUGAACCAGCUGAAAAUCUUUGUGAUACAGAUGGGAAUAAAACCAUGGAUAACGAAAAUAUGGUUACGGAGUCCGAAUCACCUACUGGUUUGACACAUAGCUAUCUUUUACUGACUAGAGAAGACUCUACGAUGAUCCUUGAAGUCAGUCAUGAAAUCGUUGAACUCGAAGUAAGCGGUUUCAAUACUACAGAAAUGACAGUUGGUGCAUUCAAUCUGGGUCUUGAAUAUAUUGAACAGGCUAAACGUGAUGCUGAUAAACUCAAUGAUAAUGUCGAUAACAAUACUCUGUUAGUGUCACCAUCUCAUUCAACAUCUAGCAGACUGUCUGUACAAGGUGAUAUUAAAUCUUCGAAGGAAUUGAUUGUAGGAAUUGAUUAUCCUUACAUAUUACAGGUUUCACCAACAUCUCUACGUCUACUCGACGGUCCACGACUGAUAGAAUAUGUUCAAGUAACACUGGAAUGGAGAGUACACUUAGCAAGUUGUGCAGAUCCUUAUGUUCUAUUAUGCACUGAAGAUGAUGAAUUAUUUUUAGUACAAUUAAAGAAUCCAAAUGAUAUCAGUAAAUUUAGUCCAAUCAAAAGAUCAAAUAAAGUUAUCACAUCAACACUUAUCGAUGAAAACAGUGAUCAACCUGCUAAAUCAAUAUCUACAAUUCAUUUAGAUGUGAUUCGACCAAAAGUUAGACAGGUAUCUGCACCACUUUGUUUUAGUCUAUAUCAUGAUCGUGCUGGACAUCUAGCUCGAUGGCUUUGGGCUUGUAAAGAUCUGCCUGCAGACAGUGCAUUUUUCAAUCUGCAUACAACUGCUUCUUUGGAUCAGUCAUUUUCUGGUUUAGGCACAGCAUUAUGGCCUGAACCUGGAUCAACUACUCCAGCUCCUGAGUCAACAGAGAAAUUUAUACAUACAAUCAGUGCAUCCGAGGAAGAGAAUAUUUUACUUUAUGGUGAACCAAUUGAAUUAUGCAAAAAAGAACGUUCUUCAGUAGUUAAUCCUUUGCCUUCACAUAGGUUAAGACAUCCUACAUCGUCUGUUUCAUCCUUGAAUAAUAAUCUUAUGGAUACCAGUGACAUUAUUAAUAAUUUUGAAGAAGAACCGCCGUCGAAAUAUUUCGCGUUUAUAGUCUUCACCAAUGGAGCACUUGAAAUUUACAGUCUACCAGAAUUUACGCUACUUUAUGAAGUUCAUCAUUUCUCUGAUCUUCCACAAAUGUUAAUUGAUCAUCGAGGUAUGGGUAAUGAACAGGUACAUGCACGAUAUGCAAAUCCACCAAGUGUACCCUACGCAGAGGAUGAUAGUGUACCGCCGCCUAUUUUGGAAAUUUUGGUUUAUCCUGUCGGUAUUGAUAAAGAUCGUCCAAUAUUAAUGGUUCGAACAAAUCAAGAAAUAGCAUUUUUUGAAGCAUUAUGCCGAUCACCAACUGAAGCUUAUCCUCUUGUCUCCGGCUCAUUUUAUGAUGGCAGAUUACGCUGGAGGCGUUUACCUCUACCUUGUCCACUAGUGGCACCACGUCGUAUUCGAACUGAUCCCAAAAUAAUGGAUGUUCAGUCUACAUUAUUAACACGAAGUCAUAUGCUUCGUAGCUUUGAAAAUAUUGGUGAUCAUCGUGGUGUAUUUGUAUGCGGUGGGAAUCCUGUUUGGUUGUUUGCUACGGACUCUGGACAACUGCGUAUAUUUCCGCAUUCAAUUGAUGGUGUAAUGGGAAGUUUUGCAUCAUUGAACGCAAGUAUUUGUCAUUCAGGCUUUGUUUAUUUCACAUUCUCUAAUGAAAUGCGUUUAGCCACCUUACCUCCAGGUUAUUCAUUUAAUGAACACUUAGGAAUGAAAUGGAUAACUUUUGAUCCAGUACCUUAUUAUGUACAAUAUCAUGUGGAGAGUAAGACGUACGCUGUAGUCGGUAUUCAUUCAAAACCGUGUAAAUCUGUAUUUCGAUUAAAUGCUGAAGGUAAUAAAGAAGAAGAUGUUUUAAUUCGUCCAAAAACAUGUGUUCUCCCUGCAUUAGAUUAUUACUCCUUACAAAUGUAUGCACCGAAUUUAAAUGCUAAUCAUAAUAAUAAACAAUCUCCAUGGCAAGUGAUUCCAAGUACACUCAUUGAAUUCGAACCAUGGGAGGUUGUCACUUGCUUGAUUACAGCUCAAUUAGCUUCGGAACAAACAUUUCAUGGUACAAAAGACUAUUUAGUUGUAGGCGCAAAUUUAUCGUAUGGGGAAGAAAUACCUGUACGUGGUCGAAUUCUAAUCUUAGAUGUAAUUGAUGUAGUCCCUGAACCUGGUCAACCACUCACACGUCACAAGUUGAAAGUUAUCCAUGAUGGUGAACAAAAAGGACCUGUGACAGCGUUGACCAGUUGUCAAGGCCAUUUGAUCAGUGCUGUUGGACAAAAGAUCUACAUCUGGUCACUGAAGAAUACUGAUCUUGUCGGAGUGGCUUUUGUUGACUCAGAAUUAUACAUACAUAGUUUAUUAUGUGUAAAAAAUUUAGUUUUAGCCGCGGAUGUAUUAAAAUCUGUUCAACUGUUGAGAUUUCAAUCAGAUUUACGUGUUCUAUCAGUUGUCAGUCGAGAUAAUGUCUCCAGAGAGGUGUAUACAUCCAACUUCUUUGUAGAUGGUCGACGACUAGGCUUUAUGGUGUCUGAUGAACUUGGAAAUGUAGCCAUCUAUAGUUAUGAUCCAUUAGAUCCUUCUAGUCGUUCAGGAAGACGUCUUGUUCGCUGUGCUGAUAUGCGCUUACCAUCACGUACAACUUGUUCACUUCGUGUAGCUAAUCGUUUUCGACAUGCCCUUUUAUCUGUUAAACCAUCAUCUUCAUCGUCUACAAUAUCGGCAUCAGGAUCUUCAACAGUUAAUCAGACUAUUCCCACUAAUAGUGUUGGUAUUAAUAGUAGUAGUAAUAGCCUGGAUAUUUCAAAUCGUAUCGACUUUGUUAAUUCAAUGAAACAGUCACAAUCACUACAACAGUCUACUGCUAAUGUACAACCAACAAGCAAUCAGAGCACAGGUGUUGAUGCAGAAAAGUUUAGACAAUCAAUUUAUUUUGGUAGUCAAAAUGGUUCCAUUUUUCGUAUUGGUCCUAUCCGUGAUAAAAUGUAUAGUCGCCUUCGAAUAACUGAGAAGAAUCUAAUUCAUCAUCUUGGACCUAUAUGCGGUAUGCCGCCUAAAUCAUGUUGGCCAUACCAUCGUCCUCAACCAGAAUUAGCAAACCCAUGUGGAAAAGUUGCAGAUGGUGAUUUAAUUUGGCGUUACCUCACUUUACCGCAUUGUCAGCGUUUGGAGAUAGCUAAAAAAUCUGGUCAAGCUUGGAAAGUAUCAUGGAUGACAUCGCAGAGUUGA